GCAUCACUGUCAGUCAGUUUUCUCGCGUUUGGUCUUGGAAGUUGCAACACCCCAUCGCGUUUUCGUUUCGUCGCGAGUGCAAGUUUCGCAGGGAGCAAUAGUUUUUGUGUGCUUAAAUUCGUGAAAAAUAGUUUUCCUUCAAGAAAAAUCUUCGAUGGAAGUGACGAACUAUCGGCUGGUUGUCGAUUGCUCGUAUUAAAGUGCAGAUCGGGCUGCAGUGAUUGCAGUUGUUAUGUGUGAUUCCUAUGCGCCAGCAAAAAGAAGUACCUAGAACGGAUCCGUAGAUCCGGCCAACCAAUGAGUGCACUACGUAACAAAUUAGCGGCCGGGCGGUGCUUUUAGGAAAGAAAAAUCUAAAAUAAAGAAUGGGAAGAGGCAGUGUAUGAAAUUUUUGGUGAUUGUGUAAACAGGUUGCAGAGCAGAGGGCGGAGGAUUAUCUCUCUCGACAGUGCGCUCGUCUCUCGUCCAUCGGGAUCGGAGAUCAGAAUGUCCCAGCAGCAUCGGCGGCAUCAGCAUCUGCAACAGUACCAACAGCAACAAGAGUACCGCCGUCGAAGACAGCAGAUAUUAGUCACCUUCGAUCGCUGUUUGUACCGAGCCGACCUGGAGCUGGUAGAGCUAUAGUCUGUUUGUGUUUGUUCGUUGUUCGUGAGUUCAACGGGUGAUAAGGCGAAAACGCUACAUUCCUCACUUUUCGCAAGGAGGGAAAAUUCCUCCUCUGUGCUCUACCCGGUACUAUAAUAGCCGCACACGCGGGAUUUGACCAAAAUAUUACCGGAAACGAUUCGCAGAAAACGGCACUCUUUUACUGUUGCUAUAUCAUCACUAAUCAUAUUAUUUAGCACCUGAGCGCAAAUACCGAUAGAGAGUAGCACACACGAACGAACGGCUAGAGGCGUCUUGAUCUCAAGCUUUAUCUAGAAUCUAAGCCAAAAGUAUUCGCCAACUAUAUACUGCAAGCGCCAUGAGAACCAAACAUUUCCUGUUGCUACUGUUUGCGGUGAUAGGAACCAGCUUGCUGUUCAUAUUGUUCGGUCCGGCCGGGCAGCAGAAUGACUCGAUUAAGAACAUCGUCUCGCAAACACACGAACAGCUACGAAAUUUACAGAACAAUUUGCGAGAUGCUAACGAGCAGCAUCCAGAGAUGGAUCCAAAAUACCUGGCCCAGCUAGGUUUCACUCACUCGUUGUACAACGGAACUCGGUAUAAUUUUUCGAUCGUAACGUAUACCCAAUCGGGCGAGGUGGCAUCCACCAUUCUCUAUGCACAAAACAUCGCCACCAAACUGCCCACGGAACAGCUGUUGAUCUACGACCUGGGCCUGUCCGAAAGCGAUCUGCACACCUUGCAGGCCUUCUGCAACAGUUCACGUUGCAGUGUGAUAACCUACGAUCUGAGUUCGUUGCCAUCGUAUGUAACAGACGAAAAUAUGCACGCCUUCCGGCCGAUCAUCAUCCACGAUGCGUUGGCCAGGGCGCGAACCGUCCUCUUCACCGAAAACAGCGUCCGGUUGCGGAACAGUGGCAAGGAGCUGACCGACAUACGGGUCAAGACGGAGAAUACGAGCGGGGUUAUGGGAUGGACCACGCAACAAGCGGUCACGAGCCGGACGCAUCCCAAAAUGUUCGACUAUUUCGACACCGACUCGGACAAUUUCCAGUUCCUGCCGAUGGUUUCGCUGGAUUUUGUGUUCUUUGUGAGCACACCGACGGUCAACGAUAAGAUAAUGCUGCCCUGGGUCAGGUGUAUGCUGACGCCCGAGUGUCUACAUCCGAUUGGUGCCCAAUCGGCCGGAUGCAAGUACAACAAAAAGCCCCAGUAUCGCUACUCGGGCUGCCACGGCUACGACACGUCCGCCUUCAACAUCAUCCUGGGGCUGACGUUCGGCUUCGACGAGGCCAAAUACUCGACCCACGAGGAGUCGGCCAGUGCGCUGUACUACGUGGAGAGCCUCGAGCAGGCAACGAAAAUUCUCGAAAACCGACGGAAAAACAUCAGCGACACAUCGGAACAUCCGUUCACGGAGGAGUAAAUGGGCGGAGUGGAUUAGCUGGAGCUACGUUUGUAUUGGGAAAGAGAUUUGCCAGUAUCUCAUGGACUAUCAUCCGGCACAGACGUCACAAAUUGUUUAUGUGACAAUAGAUCUUAGCCAUUUGGGAACAAUAACGCAGUCGGUUGGGAGGGUACAAGUUAGUUACACUAGCGAAGCUUAGUCAUAGAAGACAUUUUGCAUAGUAUGUUACGGGUUAUAGUUGUUUUUUUUUUAUUCCAGUCCUAUAUUGUGUAUGGACUCAAAGUUUAUUGAAUUUGAUUUAGAAUGUUGCCUAUUGCAAACACAACUACAUUAUGGUGAUAAAAGCUUUUAGAAACGCACAAUUAUUUUUUAUUAGUGUUUUAGUCAUCCUAGUUAGAGUAUCAACAUCGCAUACUCGAGACAACAU